CAAACUGCAUCCGGUAUGAAAAACCAAGGAGGGUUUGAUUCCCAGGCAGGCGAACGGUUUGAGAAGAUACCAGCAGUGCAAAAACACGACCAUGCAGUGGAGGUCAAUGAUGUGAGGGAAUUAGGGGAAAUAACAGCCUACUUUAUAGUUACUCAGUUUAUGUUAUUAACGAAGAUUACGGUCUUACCCUUUCGCUGCACCGUAAGGUACCCCGAACAUAAGUUGUAUUUAGUUGUGGCUUCUCUGUUAAUUAUUUUACUGACAGAGGAAUGACCCCAUCGUAGUUAACCUUUAAGCAGAAAAAUAGUGGCUGUUAACGAUAUAUUGGCGCUGUCAAAGCAGUUCCGGACGGGCUGCUUCUCAACAAGGACGAUUUACAAGCCGUCUUGGUUACUUCGAGGUCAUGGAGCUGGUGAUCCGUCCAUUCCGUCCCACUGACCAGGACACAGUACGCUCUCUGUUCAGCAUCGGCAUCAGGGAGCAUAUCGGUCCAUGUUUUAAAAAUGCCAUGACCAGCUCUCUCCACCUCGCUGUCACCCUGGGUGUGUGCGUAGUGGGAUACCUCCUCGGUUCUGUGUUGGGGGCCAUAGUGUUACCUGGACUCUGGGCCGGCCUUGUCUACUACUGCUGUCAUGUGCUGUAUGCAAGCUUUGUUGAGGAGAAGCUCCGGACAGACAUGAAGGACAUACCUGGAAACUAUCAGAGCAGACCAGAUGACUGUUUCUGGGUUGCUGAAGCCGAGAUUGAUGGGAGGCCACAAAUCCUGGGUACAGUGGCUGUACUGGCCAAACAAAGUGGGGAUGAAAGAUAUGGGGAACUGUUUAGAAUGAUCAUCUCACAGUCAUGCAGACGGCUGGGCCUGGGCACCAGGCUGACUCAGACUGUGGUUGACUUCUGUAAAGAACGAGGCUUCUCCAAAGUGGAGCUGGAAACAAGUUCCACUCAGACUGCUGCUGUAGCUCUGUACAAAAAACUGGGCUUCAACUUGGUUCUCACACACACCAAAACACAUGCUCCCUUCUGGAUGGUAUCACUGGCAAAUGUCACUAUUUUAAAAAUGGUAAAACAACUGUAGUUCUGAGAUAACUGGUUGGAUAACAUGAUGGUGCAUAUACUCAGUCGCUAAAGCUCUAUCACUUAUAACAUUUAACCAAAAAAGACAAAACUGUAAACUCUCUCACACCUAACUCAAUUCUUGUUUUAUCUAUGAUUCAAAACAAAAUCACAGGUAGAGUUAUCCAUAAGAAGUAGAAGUAGCAUUUAGAGUCUUUAAUAGCAUAGAAGUGAUCAUACCACCCUGUAAAAGUAGAACAUUUUUUAUUGUGUUUUAUUAGCGUGAUACGGUAAAGAUAUUAUCACAGUUAAUACACUAAAUGAAAUGAACACAAGAUAGUUGUGCCCCACAGAAAGAAGGAAGUCUUAGUGAAGAAAUUCCUAAACUUAAUUAGGCCCGUAAUGUCGCCCUCACAAGUCAACCAUGUCACUCUUCCGUGGUUGUCAAGUAGGAACCUUUUUUCUUUCAGCCCAUGCCACCUCAAAAGGGCUGAACAGAAAGCUCUGGCAUCUCUCUUCAUGCUAGCUCUGUGUGCCCUCCAUACCAACAUGCAGACAUGCUUUAUUGUAUCUAUCCCACCACAUAGCCCCCAGCCCAAACAGCACUGCCACCUGCAGCAGACCCUGGCUCAGUACAUGCAAGCUGCAGGUAGUGACAACACUGAUUCUACCUACCCUAGUCUUGGGCCGCUUAUGAUCCCCACAAACAAAACACUGCUAUACCUGGCUCUACACAAACAAGAACAGCAAAGACAAGGUAGAAAGACAGAGAAAAGUCUUAGGAGGGAGCUUAGAAAGGGGACAGAGGAAGUAGGUGCCCUGGUCAGGGCUGGCAUUCACCCUGGCCAGAUCAGGUGGUUAGAUAGUUUAGCAGGAACUUAAUUUAGACUAUUUUUACAGGACUUUGACAAUUUCAAGGCCCCUUGAUGACAAGUGGUUCAUGAUUCAUGAUUUAAUUAUUUGUAAAUUACUGUCUUUUGGUUCCAAAGACAUGGUUGUCUCAUGCAGACACUGCUGUUUGGGUUAAAGAUUGUCCCCAUAGAUAUUAAACAUUUACCAUGAAGCAAUGGAGAUGGAGCCAGCUCCACAUCCGCUGCCCUGUUUUUACCAUUGUAACUAAAUACUAGCAGUUAUGACCUUCAUUUAUAGCAAACUUUUCAAAAUAGAAGUUUUAAAGUGCUUUACAAGGACAGCAAUUAUAAAAAUUCAACAAAAACACAAACAUGUUUAUAAAAUCCUCAGCAAAGGGGAAAUUAUAUAACAGCAUUCAUAUCAGUAAAUCAGCUUAUUUAAAAAAAAAGCUGACGGAUGUAAGUUCUUUUGAAAGAAAAGUGAAAUUCAAGUUGAAAUUCAUUUUCAUCUAAAAUUAGGAUUUGUUCAAGACUUUCACCUGCAGCACUCACAUGGUCUUACUUUGACUCCAUGAGGAAUAAUUCCAGUGAGUUUUUUUCAGAAAGAAGUACAACUGGGCGUUGUAUGUUUUUUUUAGUUCUGUUCAUGUUUAUAAGGAGUUCAAGUAUGAGUAGAGAUUAUUCUGGUGAAUUUAAUAUUCAUGACCUUCUCAUGUCAUGUUUUGACUUUAUUUAAUCAUCACUAUGCAGUCAGAUAAGAACCAGUUUACUUUCAAGAUCUAAGCUGUGAUUAUCUACAGUCGUGGUUUAUACAUGUGGUUUAUGUCUGAUGUUGAUUUGCCCUUUGUGUUUUUCUUUAACUGCUGACUCAGAACACAUUACCCUGCCUCAGUGACUGUACCUAAGUCCUUUAAAGAAAAUGGGUUUGCAUCUAUCACACACUGUACCUUAAAUAUAUAAUUACUGCAUUUGAUUGAAUGGGAUUUCCAGAAAUGGUAUAUUUAGUUGAUAUGCUUGUGUUAUGUGCCAGAUCAUCUUUUUAAACUGUUCUAGAAAUGAAACACACUGUGUCUUAUAAGCUACCUGAGCCACUGGCUGUUGAUUUUUCUGAUUUUGAUAACUUCAUGUAAACACACUGUGAUUUUUUGAUAAACAUUCAGUGAUCAGUCACUUGUCAUUUUUCACACUGAACAUGCAAAAAAAUAAAGCCUACCUCAAGGUUAAGACCACA